AUGACGCCAAAGGGAUCGCGCAAGAGAGUGAAGCCCAGCCCCUCCGGCGCGGACUCACCGUCCCCCGCAGCACCAAGAAAUGCUGUCCGAGAUCGCUCAGACUCUCAGGCCUCAGGACGUGUGAGUUGGUAUCCAGGGUCCUGGUCGACCGUCUCACGAACCUCCAAGGCAGCUCCAGUUACCGAGGUUGCCCGUGAGAGCAUAUCGGUCGCGCAGAAUGUAGCGUCCAGCAUCGCAGAAUCCACAACCUCCCUUCUUGAAAUCCCCAGACACGCUCGACAUCCUUCUUUCCAGCUGACCAAAAAGGCGGGAAACUCUACCAGAUCUUUACCUGCUGAUGUGACUACAACCCGACUAAACAUUGCCUCUGACGGUACAGCAUCUACAACUGCCUUGGAUAACAUCGACACAUCUACACCUACCGGGGCAUCUACACCAAAUAAAGAAGCGCCUGGUGAAGGAUCUGGGAAACCGAUAGAGAAAGCGUCACCCGACCAACAGCACGAUAUUACCACUCAACCCGAGCCUCCCACGUCGCACGCCGAAGAGAACACCUCCACUGAGCAGCCUAACGGAUGGUUAUCGUGGAUAUAUAGGCCAAGUCCGACUGAAAGAGGCACAGCGAGGGGGCCUGAACCUGCAGAUACAACGCAAGAACAGCCUCAUAAAGCUGGUCCGGACCCGGCUGCACAAGAUACGAACGAAUCGGGGGAACAACAGGAGCCGGAGCCGGACCACGCCCCAGACCAGUCGAUCAAUACACCACAGGCCAGUCCAAACGCUCAUAAAAGGUCUUGGCUGCAGAUGUGGUACGGAUCGGCGCCCUCUAGGUCAGCGGAGCCGCCAACAGCAGAACUAGGUCAACAAACCGACGCGCACCCCACAAAUCCAGCAAACGAAGACGUUGAUAUGGCGCCCAAGGACCCCACGGAAGAUCCAGCUCAGGCAAAUGAACAGCCACAGCCGCCUGCUGAAGCCACGAAACCAUCGGGAUGGUCGUUCUGGUCCAAAGAACCCUCUAAAGGGGUAGCACCGUCAAAGCCGCAAGAGGUCGAGGCUGUGGAAGCAACACUGGACCAGAAUUCACCACCACGCCCGGCAUCUCUCGAACCAAGCCCAGACACUCAUGUCAAUAUCACUAAAAAGGGAAGCCUGAAAGUGAAACCGGCCAAGGAUGGACAAGUGAAAGAUGGUGCCGUGCCUAUCGUUGAAAUCACAUCUGCAAACACCACAGCACCCAUUGAGCCUCAACCAGCCGAUACUUCUGCUUCGAAACAAUUGCAGAAAAUUCUGCCAAACCAGGUUCUUCCGCGUUUUGAAGAAACAUAUACGUUGGAAGAGUCACCUUCCCUGUUGCAGAGUUUAGGACGAAUCUUGCAUUACACCAUUGGUGUCCAUGGCUAUUUCCCUGCCCCAGUGAUUCGAAGCGUACUCGGUCAACCCACUGGAACAUCCAUUCGUUUUUCCAACAUGGCGGCCGAGGCCAUAACCAAAUGGACGGCGGACCAUGGCUACUCUUGCGAAGUGGAAAAGAUCUCACUGGAAGGCGAGGGGCGCAUUGCUGAUCGAGUGGACUUAUUGUGGAAGCUUCUUUUGAACUGGAUGGAAGAGAUCCGCAAAGCCGAUUUUAUCCUCGUGGCCUGUCACAGUCAAGGAGUGCCGGUUUCUAUUAUGCUUAUUGCCAAACUCAUUUCUUUUGGCUGCCUCGAUGCCAGUCGGGUCGGUAUCUGUGCUAUGGCCGGUGUUAAUAUGGGCCCCUUCUCCUCCUACCGGUCUCGAUGGAUCAGUGGAUCCGCUGGUGAACUUUUCGAAUUUGAGCUUCCAUCUAGUAAAGUCUCCAAGGACUACGAAGCCGCCCUGCAAUGUGCUCUUGAUUUCGGCGUCCGCAUAUCUUAUGUUGGAAGUAUAGAUGACCAGCUUGUUUCUCUAGAGUCUUCCUUAUUUUCUCCUAUUGCUCAUCCCUACAUCUACCGUUCCGUCUUUGUAGACGGCAGGGUUCAUGCCCCAAGCUUCUUGUCACAUCUUGUCGGCUUCGCUCUUAAGCUACGGAAUCUCGGCGUGCCAGAUCAUGGUCUCAUUCGUGAACUCAGUGGCCCUCUUGCCGGCAGCCUUUACACCGGGGAUGGUCAUUCUCGAUUGUACGACGAUGAAGCCGUCUACUACAUGGCUAUUCAAUUCGCUCUCGAAACAUCCAGUGUCCCGGAUGCAACACUGAACAUUAAACGAUCUAGCCCAUUGGCUUCUGCAAACCCAUACAUCCUCCCCUUCGCCAUGCGGGGUCUUCUCGAGGAGGAACAUGUCCGACGCCAACUACACGACGAAACAAUGGAGCUUCUCCGCCAAUUCGAUGACUGGAAACCAACCAGUAAGGUUUUGAAGGAUGUCAAGUUCCGACUCGAGGGUAUUAGAUCGAAGCUGUAG